AUGUUAGGAAGCAAUUAUAAUCACCUGAGGUCAGGUCCAAGGAGAGGGGGUCAAGGGGGGCAACGUAAGCAGGAUCUAGAAAUAAGAGUGGGGACUUGGAACAUAGGUACCCUAGAAGCCAAGUCGUUGGAGUUGGCCAAUGAGCUUUCUAAAUAUAGGAUUCGUGUAGCAUAUGUUCAAGAGACUAGGUGGAAGGGGCAAAAAGCAAAAGGUAUGAAGGGAUAUAAGUUGUGGUAUGCAAGUCUGGACGGCAGACAUAAUGGGGUUGGCAUCCUAAUGUCUAAUGAUAUCCUAAAGCAAUUGGUUGAAGUAAGGAGAUGUAAUGACAUGAUUAUGCUAGUUAGGAUAGUAGUGGGGGAAGAGAUCAUAUUUAUUGUCAACGCGUACGAGUCGCAAGUUGGGCUCGAUGAGCAGGUGAAGUGCGAGUUCUGGGAUAACCUAGGAAACCUCAUGAAAACUAUCCCGGAAGAUGAGAAAGUUUUCUUAAGAGGAGACUUUAACGGACAUAUAAGCAGAGAUGCAGGCAACUAUAACUCGGUACAUGGAGGGUUUGGUUUGGGGGCAAGGAAUGAGAGUGGGGAGAAUUUGCUGGAAAAUGCCCACCCAACACAGGCUUUUAGUACUGAUUUUCAGGAUAAGGAAGAAAAUCGUAGAGAAGAAGGUCGAGUCCCGGGGAAAGAUCAUGUGGGGGAAACUCAAAGGGAACAUGGUCACAACCCUGUCAAGCAAGAUAAGUUUAUUGGGGUUCCCAAGUCAGUCAGAGAAUGUGAAUGA